CAUUACUAAGGAAACAAAUCAGUUGGAAUUAACUUUAAUUGUCAAGGUUGAAAGAAUAAAUAUAAGUUACAACUGCAUACUUGCGGACAAUAUUAUCAAGAUGGAAUCGACGCGGGAAGAUUUCAAUAUGAUGAUGGAUGUUGCUAGGGAAGUUUCCGCAGCUGGAAGAAAAAAGAAUAGUGUUAAUCUAAUCGCGGCACAAGAGACAUUGAAGGAAAAAAUGGCAAGAGAAAGAGAUGAAAAGGCAGAAAGAAUGUCUAAUAUUGGUCCCCAUCAUCGACAUAUAUGUGAAAUGGUGGCAAUGCAUUUGGAGGUUACAAUUGAAGAGGUUUUUGAGGCUAUAGCUCAAACUUCGGCAUCCAUGAAUAUAAUGGAAUCAUUUCUUGAAAAAGGUCAUCAGAUGGGUGUAGUGUUUUUAUCACAAUACGAAGAUCCGAAGACGAAUGGUAGGUAAUAAGAGCAA